GCUUUAUUGGCAUCUAACCACUCCCGUGAUCACUACUUCUUACUUUUGUCACUCGGGUGGUUUCUCCCUCUUUUUUCUUUUCUUUGUUUUUUUUUAAAAAUAAAGCAGCUGAUGGGAAGGAAACCUUGCUGUGACAAAUUUGUGGUGAAGAAAGGACCAUGGACAGCUGAGGAAGACGCCAAACUCGUCAGUUUCAUCCUCACCAAUGGCCACUGCUGCUGGCGUGCCGUUCCGAAGCUCGCUGGCCUCCGCCGCUGCGGCAAGAGCUGCCGCCUCCGCUGGACUAACUACCUCCGCCCUGACUUGAAGCGUGGCCUACUCAACGAGGAGGAAGAGAAGUUGGUCAUUGAUCUUCAUGCCCGCCUCGGCAAUAGGUGGUCAAAGAUAGCAUCAAGCUUGCCUGGAAGAACAGAUAACGAGAUCAAGAAUCACUGGAACACUCACAUAAAGAAAAAACUCAUCAAAAUGGGCAUUGAUCCCAUUACACACGAACCACUCCAUCAAGAACCAGACCCAAUAAUAAUCUCUCAACAAAUGCCUCAUUCACCUUCUAAUAAUAAUAAUAAUAAUUGCCUGAAUUCGGAUAAUUUCAAUUACAGUACCGGUCAGGAGUCCCCUGAAAAUGCCAACAACCAAACAACCUCCAAUGACAACCUUACCUUCCCGCGAAAAAAUUUAACCGGCUUUGAAACUCAAAAGGAUGAUGAUGACGACCCAUUAAUGAGUUGCAUUCAAUCUGAAACAUUUCUUGAUGAUGCAUUCUGGAACUUUGCUACUACUUCGGGAGGAGAUCAAGAUUAUACUGCGUUCGGAUUGUCUUCUUCUUCUUCUUCUUCUUCAUCUUCGUCGGAGGAUUGUAACUCUACAUGGUUGUUGGAUUAUAAUGAUUUUGAUUUUGAUUUGGAGUGUUUCAACAUAGACAUGAGCACAUUUGAAGUGGAUGCGACCAUUAAUUAGCCUACACUUUAUCACUAAGCCCACAAUGAACCAAUAAGAAGGUGACAGCUCUUCAGCAUUGGAAAUAUUCAGAAGCUAUUUUGUAGUAUAUUAUGAAGUACCAAAAGCCCACCCCCCUCUAAAGAGAUGUGUGGUUGAAACUACUAUGAUAACAUCGUAGUACCUUCGCAUGUGAAGAUGAUGCAGAAGACGUUAAUAAUGUGUAAUUAAGGAUGUCUUUGGACACCUAACGGAAACUACUAUGAUAGCAUCGUAGUACCUUCGCAUGUGAAGAUGAUGCAGAAGAUGUUGAUAAUGUGUAAUUAAGGAUGUCUUUGGACACCAAACGAUAAAUAAAGUAAAAGAUAUGUUAUGUAUUAACAAAAUUUGUAGAAGUUGUUGAUAACGUGUAAUUAAGGUUGUCUUUUGGACACCAAACGAUAAAUAAAAUAAAAGAUAUGUUAUGUAUUAACCAAA